CGGGACAAGCGUUCUGGCGCGCACUUGGCCCAGCGCCUAACUCCCUUUCACCCAACACACGGUUCGGCGCCGAUGCUAGCUGCUGCUGCCUCGUCUCGUCGCGUCGUAGCCUAAGCACCGCAACGCUAGAAGCCGAGACUGGUCUAUGGCUAGGCUAAAGCUUGCCCGAUCUGGAGGUUAGGCGCGCGCCGCAGCGGGGGGCGACGAUGAUAUAAAUGGCCACUAGCGCUAGCUACCCCUCCUGCUCCUUGCCGAAUUGCCGUGCACAGUGCUUUUUUUUCUUCUUCUUCUUCGUCUUCUCCCUUGCCAUCUCUGCGCUCCGAUCCUUGGUUGAGCUGCUGUCUUGUUUGUUUGGCUGGAUCAAUAAUGCAUGCGUCCGUGGGGAGGAGAUGGGGGUUUGAUCCUUGCGACGAGGUCACCCACGUUGUUAUGAAUGACUUUGCUCUGAUGAAUGACCACACCGUGCUGCUUCAAGGCCAUGACAAGUCAAGGAUCAGCCCAGCUGGUUAUUUGACAAGGUCAGGACCUACACAGGGCGGUGGCAUCAGAAACAAUAUUGGAUAUUGUGACGGGAGAUCCAUCAAUGAAUCCUGCGGUAAAAGAAGCACUUAUCCACCAACUUACAAGAAAGAUGUCACUGUUCCAAAAAGUACAAAACCAAGCAUUUUUGAUGCUGAUGAAUAUGUCAGUGUUAGCAAUGUUUCAGACGUUCCUUCGUCAGAAGGCAAUACUAUGCAGGAUGAGCACAGGAACAAAGGGAAAGAUUUGUUAUACUGUGAUUGGUCUGAACUGCUCAACUUGGAUGACCUCGAAGCAGAUCUGAGAAGUUUCGAGUCCACGUUUGAGAUAGGAAGUAAUCACUUUGAAGAUCCACUGUGGUCUUCAGUUUGCUUACCAGAUGCCCAGCUAGUACCAAGCAGCUGUCUCUUGGACAAUACCAAUUUGUCAACUGUUUCGAAUGAGAGCACAACAAAGUCUAUAUUAUCAUCAGUUUCAGUUUCCGAUACUACUAGUGCUGAACCAUUGUUCCUUGAUCAGGGUAGCUUCUCUUGUCAUUCCGAGAGUCAAGAUCUCUGGCCUCUUCAAUAUGCAACAAAUCUCCAGAUCAUAUGUUUCCUCAAAAUAAUCUUGGUUCCAUAUAGGAACAUUUUAACAUUUCUCUUCAAUUUAUCUCUGCAGAAUAAUAUGGCAAAUCCUAUCAACAUACAACAACCACCCAGCAAAGGAAGAAGUUCGGCAACUUUGAAUCAUGAAGCACUUGCCUGUUCUUCCGGGGAAAUCGAGCGAUUUUCACAACAUUCAGAUGUUGAUGUUUUCUACCCAUUUGACAAUGUAACAAGCUCGGAACGCAUAAGUGGCUGUGAGGGACUAGAGGCUAUCUUUUGCACAAAUCAGGAAAUGCUAGCCCCAACAACAUCAAGCAUCAUGUGUGAUGAUGAAAUUGUAUCUUCAUCGACUUUCUCAGCACCGGAUCUCGUUGCAACCUACGUUCCGCGUUCGAUGAAGAGAUCUCAUGAUCCACUGAAUGGAACUCCAGACAUGAUCCUCGACGAAAUGGCUGGAAAUCCACUAGAGAUGUAUUUCCCUCCAUCAUUGACUGCAUAUGAACACCCAGAACAUCUGAAUAACGUUACUUUGACACAAACACACCAGUUUCCUGAAGGAUUUGCAGGUGACGAUGUUCUGAAAAGUGCAGACUUACAGUUCCUCUCGAAGGGAAAGACUUCAGCAGACUUAUGUGUGAACCCUUGCUCACCACUGAUUCUAGAAGCUGUGCCAGUUAAGGAUCUUGGCUUCCAUAAGCUUCAGGAAGGCAUGAAUCAGUUGGACGUGGCAUCCAAAGCUCGCAUAAGAGAUGCCUUGUAUCGAUUGGCCAAUUGUGUUGAGCAUAGGCAUCGCAUUGCUAGUACAACAGAGACCGUUAACCAACUUGGAGUUAUGGAAUCAUCAGCUUCAAAGAGGUGGAGAGAAAUUCAGAUGAUGAACCCUAUGGAUCGCUCAGUGGCACAGCUGCUUCUCCAGAAACCGCUCCACCAUAAAUCUCCACCUGAUUCGGCGCUCGGCAUUGGUCCCUGAAUUGUACUGCACCGUGAAAAACACGUAGGAGUGGCUGCUGAUGCGAUGUGGUUUUUUUUACUGCACAUGUCUGAUCGAUUGAGCAUUCUAGGUCCGGCAAUUUUUUUUCCCUCUCGGUUCCGGUACGCAUGUAUAUACAGUAAUCACUAAAGAGUACAGACUUACUAGAUGAAAUGUAAUGUGAUAGCAACGCUUUGCUGUUCAGAGAUGUGAUUCUAAAUAGAAACUACAGUGUUUUUUUUUUGUUGUC